AUGGUUCCAGCUGGUUCAAUUGCUGUGGGAAGAAUUCCUCAUCUCAAAAGGCUUCCUGGAUCAUCAGAUGAAGCAAUGGGUUCUCUAGUAGGAGGGAUAGAAAUGGGUGGGGAAAUGCUAGUCAGGACAACUAUGAAGACCAUAGUUGUCAAAGGCGCCGGAGGUGUGCGCCUGAGGCGCCAUCUCAGUGCCUCUAGCACCUCAAGGCGCAUGGGUUGUAGAAGGCGAGCACCUUUUAUGUACAGGCGCAAGGCUAAAGGCGAUCUAAAAGCGCGCCUGAUGGAAGUUGUUGUAUUAUUGAAAAUGCCUAGUGAAGGUUCAAGAAAUGAUCCGGCAUGGAAUUACUCACAUUUGGAGAAUCCGAAAGAUACAAAUGCCGUCACUUGUAACUUCUGUGCAAAAGUUACAAAAGGAGAUAUUUAUCGGGCUAAGCAACACUUAGCUGGAGGAUAUAGAAAUAUGAGUGCCUGCACAAGAUGCCCAUGUAGUGUUAGAGAAGAAAUCAAAGAGUACAUAAGUAAGAAAAAGGAAGAAAAAGAACAAAUGAAUUUGUUACCUAGUGAUGAGAUUAAUUUCAUUGAUGGAGAGGAUGAGGAUGAUGUCAUGGAAGUUAGCAAUCGGGGAAAAAGGGUAGCUAAUGAAGGUAAUGCUAGUGUCAAUUCCUCAAAGAUGCAAAAGCAAAAGGGACCGAUUGAUUUAUAUUUCACUCCCAGACCAAAAGUUGUGAUACAAAAAAGAAAGGAAGGGGGAAAACAGACAACCAUUAAUGAUGCAUGCAAGAAAGAGUUGAGAGGAAGAGCAUGUGCUGCUUUUGCAAGAUGGAUGUAUGAUGCAGGAAUUGCAUUCAAUGAUGUUAAGUAUGAUAGCUUUGCCGAGGUUGUUGAAACAAUUGGACAAUAUGGUCCUGGCAUAAAACCACCUAGUUAUCAUGAGGUGAGAGUUCCUUUGCUUAGGAAGGAAUUGGAUAAUACCAAUGCUUUGAUGAAUGACCAUAGAGAGGAGUGGUCAAAAUUCGGAUCCUCAUUAAUGGCAGAUGGGUGGACAGACAAGAGAGGGAGAACAUUGUUUAAUUUCCUAGUAAAUAGUCUAAGGGGAACCAUGUUUAUUGAAUCGAUAGAUACUUCUUCUUUUUCAAAGGAUGGGAGGAUGUUAGAGAAAGAACACCCAUAUUUGUAUUGGACACCAUGUGCUGCUCAUUGCUUAGACUUGAUGUUGGAAGACAUUAGAAAAAUACCGUCCAUCUCUAGAACAAUGCAGAGGGCAGUGCAGUUGAAUAGUUAUAUUUAUAUGCGUCCAAAGUUGUUGAACAUUAUAAGGAACUUUACUCAUAAAAAGGAGUUUCUUAGGCCCGCUAAGACUCGAUUUGCUACAUGUUUCAUCACAUUAUCAAGUAUUCAUAAGCAAAAGAAUAACUUAAGAAAGAUGUUUACUUCAGAAGAAUGGAAUUGUAGUAAAUGGGCGAAAGAGGAAGCCGGUAAAAGAGUUACUUCUUAUGUUUUGAUGCCUUCCUUUUGGAACAACAUUGUCUUUAGCCUUAAGGUUUCCGGUCCUCUUAUUCCGGUUUUGAGAUUAGUUGAUGGCGAGAAAAAGCCUCCCAUGGGAUACAUUUAUGCGGCUAUGGAUAGGGCUAAAAAAGCCAUUGCAAAAUCAUUUGGGGAAGUAAAAGACAAAUACAAGGAUAUUUUUGAAAUAAUUGAUAAGAGGUGGAAUGUUCAACUUCAUCGCCCUUUGCAUGCAGUAGGUUAUUAUUUGAACCCAGAAUACUUUUAUUCAAAUCCGAAAAUUGAAGAAGAUGAAGAGAUUGCAAAGGGUUUAUAUGCAUGCAUUGCAAGGUUAAUCCCAGAUAUCAAAGACCAAGACAAAAUUACUGAGGAGCUGUCCUUAUAUUCUAAAACUGGGGGCCUCUUUAGUAAUCCCUUUGCUAUUAGAUAG